GCCGGCUCCCCGGCACUUUGAGGGAGCAGAGAGCAGAGUGCAGGCGAAAUGGCCCUGAUGCCCUAUGAGGAGACAGCGGGAGUGGGCUUGCAGAAAUUCCACAAGCCUCUCGCCACCUUCUCCUUUGCCAACCACACCAUCCAGAUCCGGCAGGACUGGAGCCAGCUGGGAGUCGCAGCCGUGGUGUGGGACGCGGCUGGCCUUCUUUGCACGUAUCUGGAGAUGGGAGCUGGGGAGCUGCGAGGCUGCUCUGCUGUGGAGCUGGGCGCCGGCACCGGGCUGGUUGGCAUCGUGGCGGCCCUGCUGGGUGCUCCUGUGACUAUCACGGACCGAAAAGUAGCAUUAGAAUUUCUUAAGUCAAAUGUUCAAGCCAACUUACCUCCCCAUAUCCAACCCAAUGCUUUUGUUAAGGAGCUGACCUGGGGACAAAAUUUGGGGAGUUAUUCACCUGGAGAAUUUGACCUGAUACUUGGAGCUGAUAUCAUAUAUUUAGAAGAAACAUUCGCAGAUCUUCUUCAUACUUUGGAACAUCUCUGUAGCAAGCGCUCCGUGAUUCUUUUAACUUGCCGAAUUCGCUAUGAAUGGGACAACAACUUCUUAGCGAUGCUGGAGAGGCAAUUUACUGUGAGUAAGGUUCACUAUGAUUCUGAAAAAGAUGUACAUAUAUACAAAGUUGGCUUUAAUUUAUAAGAAUGUUGUUAUUGAGUGCCAGUGAAGGUCUUUGACUGGGAAUUGAACCGUAUUUAAUGGAAUGGAUUACUGAACGAAAAGUCCAACCAAAGGUUCUCAAGGGCCAAAAAGCACAUGGUUAAAACAAAGCAGCAUUUUGUCCCAUUGCUGUGACAUUUCAGUCCUAUUUGACUCUGAAAAAUUCAACUACCAUUAAAGGAAUAUAUGAGAAAAAAAAGAUUUUAUUUAUUUAUUUGACAGAGAUCACAAGUAG